AUGUCGCAAGAAGAUUAUCCUAUAGAAUUUGUUUUAGAGAGUAUCGAGACCAUAAUGACUUCAGAAAACCAACCAAAAGUGAUUUUGUUUGACAUUGGGGGAGUCUGCGUUCUCUCCCCCAUGCAAGCAAUUCUCGAUUUCGAGAUAUCCAACAAUAUACCUCCAGGCUGGGUGAACUAUGCCCUUUCCAAAAACAAACCAAACGGAUUCUGGCACCGUCUAGAACGCGGCGAACUAGAACUAAAUUCCACCUUCUUCACCGGAUUCACAUCCGACCUCCACAACCCUUCUUUCUGGACUAGCUUCUACAACUCCGUACGAGAAAAGCAUUCUCUCCCAUCCACUGUUCCACCCAUGCCUCAAAUUGACGGUGAAGCACUCUUCUGGUCUAUGAUGGAUAACUCACGCGACUUUGAUCCUUGGAUGUAUCCCUGUCUUCAAAAACUCAAAGCCUCCAAAAAAUACACCCUGGGCGCUCUCUCCAACACCGUCAUCUUCCCUCCUUCACAUCCAUAUUCCAAAUCUCAUUUCUUCAUCCCCGAUAUCUUCGAUGUAUUUAUAUCCUCAGCACACGUGCAUAUGCGCAAACCAUCCCCAGAAAUAUACGCCCUGACACUCCAUACUUUGCGUGAGCACUACUCUUCUAAAUUUCCCAAUGCUCCUCCCCUCUCCCCUUCAGAUAUACUCUUCCUGGACGAUAUAGGCGAGAACCUCAAAGCUGCCAAGACAGCCGGAUUUUGCACUUUGAAAGUAAACUUAGGUCGUGCGUAUGAGGCGGUAGAGGAAUUAGAGAAGAUCACCGGGCUGGAGUUGAGUGGGGAUCAUCCGAAAGUACCAAUUGGAUUGGCGGUUAAGGGGAAGGCAAGAGAUGUCAAAUUGUAA